UCCUGAAGAGAGGGCAUGGUGUGCUCCUAGCCACUUGUCAAAAUGCCCGGCAAGAAAGACGCCAAGAAGGAUGCAAAGAAGGGUGGAAAGCCUGAACCAGAAAAAAAGAAAGAGGAGGAAAAGAAAGGAAAGGAUGACAAAAAGGGAGGAAAAGACGACAAGAAACCCAGCAAGGAUGAUAAGAAAAGUGGAAAGGAUGAUAAGAAAGGGGGGAAGGAUGAUAAGAAAGGGGGGAAGAAAGGAAAGGAGGAGCCACCCAAGGGGAAAGAUGAUGGAAAGAAAGGAAAAGAUAAAGGGAAAGGUAAGAAAGUGGAGUCCGAAGAGGAAGAGGAGGAGCUCCUGAGUGAUGAGGAAGAGGAUGAAGAGUUAAGUGAAGAAGAGGAGGAAGACUCAGAGGAUGACAGGAGAGGGAAGGGGCGAGGAGGCAGGGGGGCUAGGGGAAAGAAAGGGGGGAAGUCUAGACAUGCGGAAUACUCAGAAGAAGAUGACGAGGAGGAUGAAGAUGAAGAGGAGGAAGAUGAUGAUGAAGAGGACUAUGGGAAAUCCAAAAAGAAAUCUAAAGAUGGCCAUAAAGGAGGGAAAUCGGAUGCUGAUACAAAGAAGAAAAAAGGUAAAAAGAAAGAGGAAGCUCCACAGCUUCCAAUAAAGGAAAUCCCAAAGAAAGGUCUGAAGAACAUGUCCAGAAUGUUCAUGAAAUUUUCUGGAUUCAAGAGACGCAGGAACAGCAGGAAGAAGCUAAAAAGUACAUCACGUUUGUUCCUGGGGUUAGGGAGGAGAAAGACCCGCCUUGCUAAAAAGAAACGCCGCAAGUCCAUGCUGAAGAACACCUCUCGAUUCAUGAUGAGGUUUAAGGCCAGCAAAAAGAGGAAAAAGGAGAAAGAGGCCAAAGAGAAGGAGGCAGCAAAUGGUGGGAAAAAGCCAACCUAUAUGUUGCUUCGUCUGGGAGGAGGGAAAGAAUCAAAUGAAAAGAAGGGGGGCUUCUUCAAAGGCUUAUUUGGAAAAAAGAAUGGUGCCGGGGCUGCUGACGACUUCAAAGUCAGAAGUGUGUUGCUGGGAAAGGUUGCAGCAGCAACUAACUGGCUGACCAAACGCUUCCUGUCCACAAAAAUGCGAGGGCGUAGAGCACAUAGGCAACAAGCCAGCUCCAGAGGUUAUCUCCAUGGUUACCAUAAUGAUGGUUAUGAGCAGGAGGAGGAGGCUUAUGGAUACAACCAGCAACAUUCAGUCCACCAGAAAGGUUAUGGAGGCUAUAAUGAUGGUUAUGGUGGUUAUGGAGACGAGGCAACUGCAGCAUAUGGAAGCCAGGGUCAGUUCGGCUACUAUGACAAUGGAGCAGGGGGAACAGAGUAUCAAGACUUGGGUUACUAUGAGGAAGAAGUACUCUAUGAUCCAAAUUCAGAAUAUUAUGAAGGUGGUCUUCAUGAUGAAGGCCUGGUGGACUACAGUAACCCAUAUUCCUCUGCCCCAGGCUAUUAUAACAACCAGGAAGUUGAUUACUAUGGUUACCAGCAACAACAGGCAAUGGCAAUGUACGGUGACGAGGGUCUAGACUACUAUGUUAUGGGUGAGGACCAAAUGUAUCAGGGAGAUGGAUUCUUUGACCCUCAGGCUCAUGGUUAUUAUGAUGAAAAUGGUCAAGGAAUUCACUACAGUGAUGGACAAGGGGGUUAUUAUGACAACCAACAGGCAGGAUAUUAUGAGAACCCUUAUGCAGCAACUAUGGGAAUGCAGGGGGGAUUUUCACCAGACCAUCAACUUAAUUAUAGUGAUGCUGGCAUGCCCUACCAAGACUACAGCUCUCAGCAGGCAAUUGGAUUCCCACCAGGAGGCCAGGAGGUCUUUGGCUUUGGAGGGCAAGGGAUGGGUCAGGUACAGGAUCUGUAUGGGGGCCAAUAUGCUGACCAGUUGGACCAAUAUGAAGAUGAUACUGGUGGAAUUCAGGGAGGGGAGAUGACAUUUCGAGUUCCUAGACCUCAAGUGCGUCUAUUUGGGAAAGAGCGCCUAGAUGUGCCCCUGCCCCCUCCACCUACUUUGCCACCUGAUCCAGAAUUUGAAGAUAUGUCAGAAAUACAGUAUGAAGACCAGAUUCCUCUUGCACCAGGUCAACUUGGUGACAUGAUGUCAUUACAGCAGCAAAUGGGAAUGUCACCACAACAACAAAUGAUGAUGUCACCACAACAACAAAUAAUGAUGUCUCCUCUAGAACAAAUGAUGUUUUCUCAACAACAAAAUAUGUUGCCCCCUCAAGAACAAUUGAUGAUGCCCCCACAGACAAUGUCACCACUGCAAAAGAUGUCACCACAACAACAAAUGAUGAUGUCUCCUCAAGAUCAAAUGAUGUUUUCUCAACAACAAACUAUGUUGCCCCCUCAAGAACAAAUGAUGAUGCUCCCACAGAUGUCACCACAGCAACAGAUGAUGUCACCACAGCAGCAAAUGAUGUUACAACAAGAACAGUGUAUGUCUGCCCAAAUGAUGCCAUCACAGAUUCUGUCACCACAGCAGCAGAUGAUGCCCCAGCAAAUGAUGUCACCACAGCAGCAGAUGAUGCCCCAGCAAAUGAUGUCACCACAGCAGCAGAUGAUGUUGGCGCAGCAACAGAUGAUCUCUCCAGAAAUUAUUUCACCACAGCAGCAAAUGAUGACAGACCCGAUGAUGAUGUCACACCAACAGGGUUAUGGCCCAGUGUCGAUCCCCACUCCAACUGCCAUGAUUAUAAAGCAAGCAAGUAUGUCCCCGCUUCCUGCGCGUCGCAUACAAGCCUCCCCAACUCCAUCCCGCCGCUCUGUCAUCAUGUCACCCCAACAGAUGCAGCACCAUCCCUCUGCCAUGGCUUCCCCAGUACCAUCUCCUAUGCUUGCACAGAGACGCAGCCCCUCACCACAACCAUCUAUGAGGAGUGGGUUCAUUAAUGCCCAAAGACCCCCAUCUGUCAUGUUGAGACGAAUCUCCCCUCCUUCAUCCCCCGUGGCCUCGCCCAUCGCCCGUCGUAGAAUGCAACCUCAGAGGUCACCAUCUCCCCUGGCUCGAGGGCCCUCACCCCCCCACUCUCCCCGUACCUCCAUGAUCCGCCAAAGUCCUCCACCCUCACCAAGAGCGUCAAUGAGACAACGUUCGCCACCUUCCUCACCCCGUGCUUCCAUGAGGAGGCGAAGUCCCCCACCUUCUCCCACUCCAGCACGCAGCCCGUUUGGAGGGAGGAAGAUGCGUGGGCCACCUUCCCCUCCCCUAUCUCCUGGUCAUGCAUCCCCCCGUCUCUCUCCACAGCUCAGUAGAAGACCAUCUCCCUCUCCCUCCCAGUCUUAUCGCAGUUUAUCCCCUGCAGGGCACAGGCCCUCACCAUCAUCUCCUACCCUCUCUCGUCGCUCAACUCGGCUACUCAGGGACCCCACACCAUUGGCCCGGCCUAGGAUGGGGGGAAAUGUUCCCUUAGGUACUGUCAGACCUUCUCCUAUGGGUCUCCGAGGGCGCCCAGUUCCCCCACCCACCCAAAAUGUGCGUCCCUUCCGUGCCUCCUCCAUUCGAAGCAAUAGGUCUUCUGUUCUCACAGUGGACUCUCUCAACUCCUCCCCUUUUCACUCCCCCCACAUGGUCCACCGGGCUCCUCUGCGGAGGAGAGAAUCUGGCCGAUUUGCUCCUCGCCCUGUGGCUCGUGGACGCCCCCUCAUGGCACAGCAGUCUAUAAGAAGGAUGCCUCCUGCCUCUCCACAGCCCUCCUUGAAACACAUGCCAUAUUCUGCAUCACCACGCCUUUCUCCUCGACUUUCUCGUCAGUCCUCCCCUCUCCUGCUCCCUCGAGCUGCCCAUCCACCCACAUAUGCACCAGAAACGUAUGUGUCUGGCCCCUAUGCUGAUCCUUAUACUGAGCAGUUGCAUCAGUUUCAGCCUAUGGCCCAUUCAUCUCCCAUGCUGUCUGGGGCGCUGCAGAAUCAAGCCUUACGAGAUGCAUCUUAUUCUUCGCCUUUACAAAGGGAAAUGUCCCCUCAUGAGCAGCCUAUGCACCCUUCUUCACCAAUGCUGUCUGGAGCUUUGCAAAACCAGGCAGUGAGAGAUGCCACCUAUGUGUCUCCUCUUCAAAGACCUCAGUCCCCAUAUGCCCAAUCUGUACCUUCAUCUCCAAUGCUUUCUGGAGCCAUGAGACAUGGUCAGGCACUAAGAGGUGUGGCUUCUUAUCAGACUCCACAGCUCCAUUCACCAUACGGGCCGACUAUUGUUACUCCAUAUGAUUAUAUCUCUGAGCCUGGCCCAGCACCACUGCUUCAUGAUGCACUGCAGAACCGGUCUGGUCUGCAGAAUGUCUCAUCUUUAAGAUCCCCCAUGAUGCAACACCGUAACCCUUAUGCACCAGCUGGGCCACAGCUCCACAGUGCUCUUACACAGAACCCAAACCUCCGUCAAGCAUCUUAUCAGACACCUGUGCAACUCAGGCGAUCCCCAUAUGGACCCCCACCACCCUCUUCACCAAUUUUGGGAAGUGCCCUACAAAAUCCACAGCUGAUGCAGGCAUCGUACCGGCUGCCAGAUGGAUCUUUGGUGUCACCAUAUGCAGAUUCACGUUCCUCCCCAUUGCUCGGCCAUGCCAUGCAAAACCAACAAGUUCGUGGUGCCUCAUACACCUUGCCUGAUGGAUCAAUUAUCAGGGACCCACGUGUGCCCCAGAGGCCCACGUCUCCUAACCUUUCCAGGGCUCUUCAGAACCAGGGUCUCAGAACUGCUUCAUAUACUCUCCCUGAUGGCACCAUUAUAGACCCCAGACAGCAACAACCCAUUUCUCCAAACCUGGCCAAGGCACUAAAUAACCCAGCGCUGCGUGAAGCCUCCUAUUCUCUUCCUGAUGGUACCAUCAUGAUUGACCCUAACAAAAAGAAGUCCCCGAACCUUACAGCAGCACUUCAGAACCCCUACCUGAAAAGUGCAUCUUACACCCUCCCCGAUGGUACUAUCAUCAUUGAUCCACGGAAACCCAUCUCUCCAAACCUUUCCAAUGCUCUUCAAAACUCUGCUCUGCGGAAUGCCUCCUUCACACUACCAGAAGGGGUUCAUGACCCCAAUACACCCAUUUCACCAAACCUGGCUAAGGCCCUCAGUAACCCAGCCUUGAAAGGAGCUUCAUACACCCUCCCCGAUGGAACUAUUAUCGUGGACCCAAGGAAACCAAAGACCCCCAACCUGACAGCCGCCCUGCAGAAUCCCUAUCUAAAGGGUGUGUCCUACACUCUGCCUGAUGGAACCAUCAUCAUUGACCCACGGAAACCAGUUGCCCCUAACCUGUCUAAAGCUCUUACGAACGAGAACCUUCGUAAUGCAUCAUCGCUCCCUGAUGGUUCCUUGGUUAUCCCUGGUCAGAAGCCCUCCACUCCCAACCUUGCAGCUGCUCUGAGGCAAAACCAGGCAAUCCGGUCUACAGGUCUCUAUCAUCUGCCAGAGAACUAUGUGCUGUCAGGCGUACCCAAACCGACAACUCCCAACAUCAACUCUGCACUACGGAAAGAGGAACUCCAGGGUGUCCAUUUCAGGCUGCCGGAUGGCUCUCUUCUCACACGUCGGUUCCACAACCCAAGCCUGUCGAAUGCCAUCCAAAAUCAGCAGCUUCGCUAUGCUUCAUACAGCGUGCCAACAGGCCUGCAGGGUGAGGAUAAUCGCUAUGCUGUGGUUCCUCCCUAUGGGCCACGCUCAGGACACUGGGCCAGGAAUGCCCAAGGAGGAGGGGAAGGAGGAGAAGAUGUUUGGGCAGCUGAAAGGGUUUUACCACAUGGGACGGUCCAGAAUCUGUCAAAGUGGUCCAUGUACAGAGAAGAUGGGGUGUUAGAAGGAUUUUCACCCACACCUCGGGUUGUGGAUGGACAGCCUCAGGACACAGACUGGACUCCUGACAGAGAUAGAGUACCUGGUCAAAGCUGGUAUGACAAGAUCUACUCUAUUUUGAGCAUGCCCACAACAGGCCACAGGCCGAAACGCUGGGCAGAGGGAAUGGAGGACAUGACACAGCUGCCUGAGCUGAAUGAGACCACAGUUCUGAUGAACCUGAAGAAGCGCUACGACCAGGAACUUGUAUAUACCUACAUAGGCAGCAUCCUCGUGUCUGUGAAUCCCUACAAGUUGCUCAACAUUUAUGGCACAGACAUGGUGCUUCAGUAUGCGGGCCGCGGCCUGAGUGACAACCCUCCUCAUCUUUUUGCCAUUGCUAAUCUCUCAUAUACCACCAUGAUGGAUGCCAAAAAGGAUCAGUGUAUUGUGAUCAGUGGAGAAAGUGGGUCAGGAAAGACUGAAGCUACUAAACUGAUUCUGCGUUACCUGACAGCCAUACAUCACAAGUGCAACGUCACACAACAGAUAGAGAUACUAGAGGCCACACCCCUGUUGGAGUCUUUUGGGAAUGCCAAAACAGUGCGCAAUGACAACUCUUCACGCUUUGGCAAAUACACGCAGAUCUACAUGGAGGAGGGUGUUAUCAGCGGUGCCAUAACGUCCCAGUACCUGUUGGAGAAGUCCCGCAUUGUCUUUCAGGCCAAAUCGGAGAGGAACUAUCACAUCUUCUAUGAGAUGUUGGCGGGUCUUCCUCCUCAUGAGAAGCGCUCACUCUAUCUGCAGGAAGCUGAGACUUACUACUAUCUGAAUCAGGGAGGUGAUUGUACCAUAGAGGGGAAGGAUGAUGGGGAGGACUUCAGGCGUCUUCUGAGUGCCAUGGACAUCUUGUGUUUCACCCCAGAGGAGCAAAACGGCAUCUACAGAUUGCUGUCCUCUGUCCUUCAUCUGGGGAAUGUCUACUUCCAGCCACUCCAGGCUGAGGGUCAGGAGGUUGCAUCGAUGGUGAGCGCACAGGAGAUCAGGGUGGUAGCUGAGCUGUUGCAGGUCUCACCUGACGGCCUGCAGAAGUCUGUCACCUUCAAAAUGACAGAUACAGUAAGGGAGAAGAUCUUAACUCCACUCACAGUGGAGAGUGCUGUGGAUGCCAGAGAUGCCGUUGCCAAGAUCCUGUACUCGCUGCUGUUUAGUUGGCUGACGGAGCGCAUCAACGGACGGGUCUACCCUCGCAACGAAGCCCUCUCCAUCUCCAUAUUGGAAUAUGGAUUUGAGGAGCUACAGGUGAAUAGUUUUGAGCAACUUUGCAUCAACUACGCCAACGAAACUUUGCAGUUCUUCUUUAACAGAGUCAUCUUCCAAGAGGAGCAGGACAUCUAG